CCAGACGCGUCGGAUUCCACCAACAACAAGAUCAUCAACAUCAUCCUCCAACGAUUCAGAUAUCAACUCAUCAAACUCCAGCCAAUCGGACUACCACCGUAUCAUCCCUCGAUCAGAACACUCCACCAGUCUUCAGCGCCGUCAAUUAGAGUACACCAUCACUUUUCAUCUCGGGCUCUUAACAAGAUGUCCUCAGAUGAAAGCGAGGAUUUCAAUGUGGCAAACGAUGAUAACUCGGGGUCAGACUUUGGCGAAAUCUCUUUACCCAAAUCCAAAGCAAAACCCAAGGCUGCCGCUAAGCCCAAGCCAACUUCCAAGACUACCAAAGCUGCCCCUAAACCAAAGCCAACCGCUGCGAAAAGCAAAUCCAAACCCUUAACCGAUCGAGAUGAAAACCAGGCAGAUUCUGAUAAUAAUUCCGAAGCUGGAGAUGUCUUGACCGAACUUCCUACCUCAAAGCCCCCUACUACCACUAACGGCCCGGCUGGAUCUAAAAAAAAGACAGCCAGUGAGACCUACCAGAAAUUGUCUCAAUUGGAACAUGUUCUCAAGAGACCUGAUACGUAUAUAGGAAGUGUCGAAGCUAUUCGACAAUUCAUGUGGAUUUUCGAUAAAGAGAAGAAAACGAUGGUCAACAAGGAGAUUUCAUUUGUCCCUGGACUCUACAAAAUUGUCGACGAAAUCCUUGUCAAUGCGGCUGACAAUAAGCAACGUGACGAUAGUAUGGAUACCCUCAAAGUUACUAUCGACUCUGAGAAAAACAUCAUCUCGGUUAUGAACAACGGAAAGGGGAUUCCCAUCGAGAUCCACGAGACUGAGCAGAUUUAUAUACCCGAGCUCAUUUUUGGACAUCUUCUGGCCGGAAGUAACUUUGAUGAUGAAGAGAAAAAGACGACGGGUGGUAGGAAUGGUUAUGGAGCGAAACUUGCGAACAUUUAUUCAACCGAAUUCAUUGUUGAGGCUGCCGACAAACAAACAGCCAAAAAGUACAAGCAAAUCUUCAAAAACAAUAUGUCGGUUAAAGAGAAGCCGAAAAUCACCGACAAUAAGAAAGGGGAAGAAUAUACUAAAAUUUCGUUCAAACCUGAUCUAGUCAAAUUUAAUCUACCGGCUGAGAACGGGCUUGCAGGAGAUAUGGAAGCCUUGAUAAGUAAACGUGUUUAUGAUAUGGCCGGAACUCUGAGGAAUGUGAAAGUGUGGCUGAAUGACGAGAGAAUUAAGCUCACGGGAUUCAAGAAAUAUGUGGAAAUGUAUACGAGCGGAGUUAAUGAAGCCAUCAAAGGGUCCGCAGCCAAAGCUCUUGAGGCUCCCGGAUCCCCUGGUAAUGGUGCGACGAAAACACCGAUCAUAUAUGAAGAAUGUGGCAAGCGAUGGGAAAUUGCGUUUGCACCUUCAGAUGGACAAUUCCAACAGGUGUCCUUCUGUAACUCGAUCGCGACCACAAAAGGCGGUACUCAUGUGGAACACAUCGUCAAACAAUUGGUCGAAAAAAUCAUCGAAUCCGUUAACAAGAAGAAAGCUAAACUGACCCUCAAACCCUAUCAAGUCAGAAACCACCUCUGGGUCUUCGUCAACUGUUUAAUCGAAAAUCCGACGUUUGAUAGUCAGACCAAAGAGAAUAUGACCUUGGGAAUGAGCAAAUUUGGGAGCAAGUGUGUGAUGACCGAAGAGUUUAUGAAAAAAGUGAUGAAGUCGGGAGUAAUCGACAGUGUAAUGGAUUUUGCAAAGUUUAAAGAAGAAGCUGCUCUGAAGAAAACCGAUGGAUCAAAGCGAUCUCGAAUCACCGGUAUUGUCAAACUAGAAGAUGCCAACAAUGCGGGGACUAGGAAGGCGGCAGAUUGUACGUUAAUCUUGACGGAGGGAGACUCUGCCAAAUCUUUAGCUGUUGCUGGUCUCUCCGUCAUUGGACGCGAUAACUACGGCGUCUUUCCGCUCCGCGGUAAACUGCUCAACGUCCGUGAGGCUAGUGGUGCUCAGCUUCUGAACAAUGCUGAAAUUCAACAUAUCAAACAAAUCAUGGGCCUUCAACAAGGCAAGAAAUACGCUAGUAGGGACUCGCUUCGAUACGGCAGCUUGAUGAUCAUGACCGAUCAGGAUCACGAUGGCUCUCACAUUAAAGGCUUAAUCAUCAACUUUCUCGACUAUUUCUUCCCUUCUCUUUUGGAAAUUCCUGGUUUCUUAGUCGAAUUUAUCACACCAAUCGUGAAGGUUACCAGAAAGAAAGAGGAACUUUCUUUCUUCACUAUGCCAGAGUUUGAGAAAUGGAAAGAAGAGAACGACGACGGACGUGGCUGGACUAGCAAGUACUACAAAGGAUUGGGUACAAGUGAUGCAAAAGACGCCAAGAAAUACUUCAGUCGGAUGUCCUCUCAUAGAAUCAAGUUCGCCCCUACUCAAGAGAAUGAUCGUCACUUGAUCGAUAUGGCAUUCAACAAGAAAAAGGCUGAUGAUCGGAAGGAGUGGCUCAGAGGCUUCGAGCCUGGUACUCAUCUCGAUCAAAAUGUUUCGCAAAUUACUUACACGGAGUUUAUCAACAAAGAGCUCAUCUUGUUUUCGAUGGCAGAUAACAUCCGUUCGAUUCCAUCAAUGGUAGAUGGAUUCAAGCCGGGACAGAGGAAAGUAUUGUUUGCAUGCUUCAAGCGAAAACUGAAGGCUGAAAUCAAGGUCGCGCAGUUGGGAGGUUACUGUUCCGAACAUUCGGCAUACCACCAUGGAGAAGCAAGUUUAACCCAAACGAUCGUAGGUCUUGCUCAAAACUUUGUCGGAAGUAACAACAUCAACGUCCUUUCGCCGAAUGGACAAUUCGGUACACGUGCCUCAGGUGGUAAAGAUGCGGCCUCUGCAAGGUAUAUUUUUACUAACGUUGAGAAAAUCACUCGAGUCAUCUUCCCGCCGGCGGAUGAUAAUGUGCUCAACUACUUGACCGACGAUGGCACCCAAAUCGAGCCCGAAUGGUACAUCCCUAUCCUGCCCAUGGUCCUUGUCAACGGCUCCAGCGGGAUCGGAACCGGCUGGAGUUCGGAUAUCCCGAACUAUAAUCCGGUUGAUAUCGUCAAUAACUUGCGUCGUCGCUUGGCCAACGAACCUAUGGAACCCAUGCAUCCUUGGUUCAGGGGGUUCACUGGUCAAAUCACCUCAGAAGCUCCCGGUAAAUAUAAGGUCUUGGGUGAAUGGGAUCAGCCUGAUGAGGAUACUAUCGAAAUCACGGAGCUGCCCGUUCGCGUUUGGAAUCAAUCUUACAAAGAACAAAUCGAAGCUUGGAUCAAUUCGACCGACAAAAUCCCUGCAUUGGUCAAGGAUUAUCGGGAAUACCAUACCGAGACGACGGUACACUUCAUCAUCUCCUUGACCGAAAGAGGCAAAGAUGCUAUCAAGAAAGAAGGCAUCGAGAAAGUGUUCAAGUUAUCUGCCAAUCUCUCGAUCACUAAUAUGGUCUGCUUUGAUCCAUCUGGGAAAAUCAAGAAAUAUUCGACCCCAGAGCAAAUCUUGGAUGACUUCUAUGAUGUUCGAUUGGCCUAUUACCAAAAGCGAAAAGAAUAUCUCGUGAACGAUCUGACGUUGAUGUACGAACGAUUAUCGAAUCAAGCGAGAUUUGUACUGAUGAUCAUCGAGAAGAAGCUCGUCGUUAGCAACCGAAAGAAAGCUGAAAUUGUAGCUGAACUAAGAAAGCUAGAGUUCCGGCCAUUCCCCGUCAAGGCCAAACCGAAGACGGCUGGUGAUCCUGAUCAAGCAGACGAAGAGGGUGUUGAGGAAGAGGAAGUCGCUGACCUCAAGGCGGCAGGUACCGCUGGUGAUUUUGAUUACCUCUUGGGAAUGGCCAUCUCUCGUCUGACGGCCGAACAAGUCGCUAAGCUCUUGGCGGAACGAGACGACAAGGAGAAGGAGCUUCAGAUCUUACUCGAGAAAACUGCGGAAGACUUAUGGCAUGCCGAUCUUGAUCUCUUUGAACAAGAGUGGAGGCGCAUCAUGACUUCCGAUAAUGACUCCCGUCGAGCAAGCAUCAAGAAGGUUAAACCUCUUGGAUUCAAACCCUCCAAUGCUGCCAAGGGCAAAGGGAAAAAACCAGCGGCUAAGGUUGAACUCAAUAGUGACGGAGAAGAGGAUUUCAAGCCAAAUAUAGAUAAAAAACCGGCCAAACCGAAAGCGGGAACUCAAUCAAAGCUGGACUUCAAGCCAGUCACCGGAGCUGCAGCCAAGCCCGAGUCGACUGAAGAAUCUAAACCGGGAAAGCCAAGUGGCUCUCUUCAAGCAUCAACAACCACCAAAAAAACUAAGCGGGAUGCGUCAGAGUUGGACGAUGAUCAGAAGCAAACCAGUAAGGCUCCUGCAAAGAAGAAGAAAGCAGCAUCUGUUAAAUCAGAUGACUAUAGCGAAGAUGACUUCGAAAUUUCGGUCAAGUCCAAGCCGACGACCAAGCCCGUUAAGUCCAGUGGGAGCACCAGUCAGGUGAGCAAGGAAGACGAGGCAGAGAGCAAGGCGAAGAAGAAGCCGGCCCCGAAGACGACGGCGACGGCGACCAAGAAGCUCACGAAGCCAGCAUCAUCUAGCUCGAAGGCCACCAAGGCCAAGCCAGCCAGUAAUCCAAGGAAACGCGCCAAAAUGAUCUCGGAUGAUGAUGAUGACGAUAGUGGUGAUUCAGACAUCAGGAAACUGGCCUUGGCCAAUGAUGACGAUGAUGAUUCCCAAGAGGAGGCGGAAGAAGAAGACGAUGAGGAUGAUGAUGAUGACUCGGUGGUGGUCGCUAAGCCGUCAAAGAAGACCGUCCCGGCGCCCAAGAAAAGAGUCGUCUCUGGCUCCUCAACCGUCGCUUCUAAGAAACCCUCUAGUAGUAGUACUAAGCCUGCUCCAAAGAAGAAGGAUGAUGAUGAUGAUGAGGAGGAGGAGGAGGAGGUUGCCCCCAUUCGGCGGCCUGCUAGGGCCACGAAGACGCGGCCGAAGAGCUAUAAGUUGAAAGCCAUCAGCUCUGAUGAGGAUGACGAUAACGAUAGUGGGAGUCAGUUCAAAGGAGACGACGACGACGAUGAAUAAAUCAUUCAGUUCAUUGCAUCGGGCUCUUUUCUCUCUUCUUCUGGAUUUUCUUUCUUUCAUUUUUUAGAGGCUUAUUGGGAUCGAUAUCUUUGUUCGUGCUUACAUAUUAUUAAUGUCACU